AUGAAGUAGAAUGCAGUGUGUAAUGAAGAACAAAAAACAUUUUAAGAAGUGGUAUUAAGAUUUACUUAGUGUGUAAAAAGAGAUCAAAGGUUCCUUUUAAUCCCAAGAAAUUCUUACUUAAUAUUUGCUAAAGAAUAUUUUGGUUGUGGAGAAUUAGUUUUUGUUUUACGCAUUAAUCAAGAUAAAGAGAGAGAAUAACACUUUUAAUAAGAAGAAUUUUAACUUAAUUAAUAAAAAAGUAGAUUGAUUGUAAAACAAGAUAGUCAAGAUUCGUCAGAUUUAUUAAUUCGCUCAUUAUUUUAAUAGCUUUUACAUAUAAAAGGAAAAAUCUUGAUCAAAUUAGAUUAGACAAAAGAUAACCAGAAAUCAAAUCAAAUCUGUGUGACUUUUGUAAUCGCUAAUUCACUCUAGAUCACAAAUCAACUAACUAUUUGCAAUUAAAAUUAGCUCUUAUUCACACCAGGAUUCAAUAUAAUUAUUAUAAAUUAAUUAAAAAGUUAGACUUUAAAAAAAGAAAAGAAGAUGAACAAACAAAUCAUUGCUCUCUUUAUGAUUGCUACUUUUGCAAUCGCUUAAGCUCCUGGUGCUAGAAUCCACUUAACUGCUGGUUUCAUGAACAAGGCUAAGGACUGGGCUUUACCUACCGUUCUCCCCGGUGGUAACUUAGAUAUUGCUAUCCCUGAUCAAGAUGCUUCUGGCUUCCACUUAUCUAAUAUGAAUGGUUAAUUAAGUAUCCCCCCCGAGACUAUUACUUUCUCCAUCACUGAAAAUAACUUCCAACUCUCUAUCAAUGAUAUGCAUCUUUCCUUCCACUUUGAUGCUAAGUUGAACAAGUUUGUUAAGGGUUCUGCUUCUCCCUCUGGUACCUUCUCCACUGAUAUUAAUGUCAGCUUCGGUAUCAACGGUGCUGGUCAAUUAUAAAUUGCUGGUUUCGGUAUCAAUAACUUCAGAAUCGGUCACACCACCGUCGAUUUACCCGGAUUCGUCAAGGGUAUCCUCAACUUCUUCAUUGAUCUCCUCUCCAGAUUCAUCCAAAGCAAGCUUAACGAUGUUGCCCCCGGUAUCAGAGAUUAAGUUAAUGCUAUGUUGACCAGAUCUCCCACUGAAUCUGGUUUCGGUAGCUUACCCAUCGGUUUAGACCUCACUUUCAGCAAUGCUAUUGAACUCACCUCCGGUUAAAUGAUCGUUGCUACUAACCUUUAUGCUUACAACAAUCAAAAGCCCAAGGUUAGACCCCCCUUCGAAAACCCCACCCCCUUCCCUGCUGGUCCCGCUGCUCAAGACUUCACUUUCUUCUUAAGUGAAUACACCCUUAAUUCCAUGUCUUUCGCUGCUUUCGACACUGGUAUGAUGGCCAAGGACUUCGGUAUCGAUAUCCUCUAAUAACUUUCCUCUGUUGACCAACUCAAUGGUAUGCUCGAUGGUCUCGCUGAUGUCCUCUCAAGUGCUACCGUUACCGUUAAGGUUCAUGCUGCUAACUACCCCUAAUUCAACAUUGCUGGUGGUGUCUUCUCCCUCGCUACUGACUUAGUUGCUGAAUUGGUUGCUACUUAUGCUGACAAGACUAUUCCCAUCCUUGGAUUAAACAUUGCUUCUAACUUUGGUGUCUCUGCUUCCGUUGUCAACAACUCUUUCCUCGGUUUCCACAUUGAUCACGCUCAAUUGACCAAGUUCGACGUUACCCUCUCUACCUUGAAGACUGUCAACUUAGAAUAAGUCACUACUUUAAUCAACAACGUUUUGGCUUACUUCUUACCUGAAAUUAACGAAAAGUACUGCAACGGUCAAAUCCCCAUGAACGGUGCUAACUUCGUCCUUAGCGGUGCUGCCCUCGAAUUAGUCGACCACCACAUCAUGGUCCAAGCUACCCCCUAAUUCGGUAACUUCGCCCUCUGA